AAGGCAAUCGUAAUGUGCUGCCUGUGGCGAUGAUGGCGUGAUGCUCGACCCUCACCAAGUUCUGUCAUGGAGCCCACGACAUCAUGGUUUGCUUCAUCUGAGCUUCUCAGAGGAUUUGUGGGUGAACAGUUUCUAUGGAGAAUUUGGGUUCGUGUGAUUGCGCAGCAUCGCAGUUGAUCGUCACCGCGUUCUUCGUAGCUCUAUGGAAAUUACAGCAGCUGUGUUGCAGUUUGGAGUGAUGCAAAGUUGUUUUAUAGUGUAGAUUACUUCAUGAAGCUUUAGGUUAGCUGAGGAAUAGUGAAUUGGCAUCGUUGGUCUCAUAAUGGUUUACAUCCGUUUUAGGGUUUGAAAUUUCUGUGUUUUCUGUGCCAAUUGAGCAGGUGAUUGAUUCAGAUAGGGAUGCGUGUGGCCUAUUGUGGUCCGAUGAGGAACUCUUGCGGCAACAUUGCUACCCUGCUAUUGUGGACGUUGGCAAUAUUGUGUCGGGUUGUGGAUCAAGGUAGAAUUGCUGAGUGAGGGGAUUAGAGUUGAUAUGGCGUCCUUUUCGAGGGUCAAGAAUGAUAUCUUUGAGCGGGAGCAGCGGCGGCAGCAGCACCAUGACCGGGUGUUGGGAUUGAACGCGUACGAGCGCCACAAGCAAUUCAUGCGUGAUUAUCAAGCGCACUACGGGUUUAGCGCUGGUGUUUCCGCAGGACAGCAGCAUCAGGUUUUGCCUGCCAAGACGGACCGUGAUACUCUAAGGGAAACUUAUCGAUUCAUUCGCAGCGAGGAAGACGACUUAGAGAGGUCGUGGGAGCAGCGCCUUGCGAAGCGCUACCAUGACAAGCUUUUCAAGGAGUAUUGCAUUGCAGAUAUGUCUAGGUAUAAAGAAAAUCGCAUUGGAUUGAGAUGGAGAACUGAAAAGGAGGUCAUCAGUGGGAAGGGGCAAUUUGAAUGUGGCAAUAAGAAGUGCACUGCCCGCGAAGGUCUUCGAAGCUACGAGGUUAAUUUUGCGUAUAGUGAAGCAGGGGAGAACAAACAAGCACUUGUGAAGUUACGAGUUUGUCCAAAGUGUUCAUACAAGCUGAAUUAUAGAAAAGAGAAGGAGUUUGAGAGGAAAUUGAGGAAGGAUGCCAGACGGAAGAAGCGAAAACUUCUCAGAGAGAUAAAGAAAGGGAAGAGAGGAUCUCGAGAAAGGAGCAAGAACAGUGAGAAUAGUGGAGAAGAGUUUGAUGACAAACUUAGAGAAUCACCAAGUAGUUCUGAGGAAGAAGGUAGUGAUAGGUCUGAAUCCGAGACUGACGUGGAAGAUGAACCAAGAUUCAAACGAACCAAGACGAAAGAAGUUCCCAAAGCUUUUGGAAGAACGAGUGACAACAACGAUGGAGAAUUUGAGCCCUAUUUCAAAGACAUGUUUCUGUAAGCUAACAUGGUUGGUGCAGCAAUGGCGUACACUUUCACGUUCACCAGACAACUAUGCAGUGCUUUGGGAUAUCUUUUUUUAAAGAUGGUGGGCUACAGUACAGUAAGCAGAUCCGUAUAUUGUCGAUCAGUUAAUCUAUCUACUCGCAGAUGUUGAAUUGCAGCAUGGCUAUGGACUGGGACUACUGCUGUCGACUGAUUACAUUCAUCAAGCUUGGGGCAAUCAAGGGGUGUUUUGAGCGUUUUUACUGCGUCGCCAGAUGUGGUGAACUUCUAUCAGUUAAGAGAAUUCGGAAGUUCAGGAUCCUCUUGUUCAAAUCUGAUUCAGGUUAUGUAAUUCAUGUACAUGGUUGAGUAUAAACGUUUAUUUAAUGUAGAAAUUCUUCACGGGGUCAGCAUGGUUGGGUUGAUUAAUAUUUCUGUUGCUACGGAUAUGCGCAACAUGGGACGUGUUAAGCUCCUCCACGUUUUCAGAAAUCUGGUGAGUUGCAAGAAUUGCUACCACGUUUGUUGUUAAGUGUCUGCUCGCCUCUACACAAAAUCCGCGGAAGACGGUCGUCAUCAAUUUUCUCAAAUUCUUGAGCUUAACCUCAUAUCGUCCCUAAAUGACGUCCAGUGUUUGCUUCGAUGAGCUUUUGAGAGGAAGCAGAAGAUCUGGAUGGUGUGUUGAGCUCCUCUUGAUUUGUGAUAUUGGCUGCGACUGUGGUCAAACUGAGGAAACAAAGUGUUGCCGAGUAUUGGAGUACAGAAUGUGCUGUUUCCUGGAGUGUAGCCUUAACCUCUACCCGCAGGAUUGUGGUGUUUGAACUGCUUAUGAUCAAACAAUGUGGAAGUUACAUAGUCCAACUGUGUUGAGGAUGGUGGGGACUGUGAUGGAGUUGAUAUGAAGAGUCAUUCCUCGGAGGAGAUUGAUCGAAGCAGAUAUGGUAAUAGGUAGAAAACAACUAUUAAUUGAGUUCUUCUUUUAGAACAAUUGAUUAACCUAACCAGAUUUCUCUGCACUUUGAGAGUAAAAGUUAAUGUUUUUGUCUCCCAAUACUACCAGAUCUCUCUAACAACCAAGGAAGGUUGGGCUUCACUGAUACCCUAUUUUAUCAUAUUCUGCUGUAAAGACAUUGAAAUUAGAGUUUUAAAUUCGAACUGGUAACAGUUCUAUAUAUUUUGAAA